UUUCACUCUAUCCCCGCGCAGCUCAACACCGUCGUCGACAACCAAUCCGACAAAUCCACCUUCAUUCAAAAUGGGUCGUCUUCACUCCAAGGGAAAGGGCAUUUCGUCCUCUGCUCUGCCUUACUCUCGCUCUGCUCCUUCGUGGCUCAAGACCACCCCUGAGCAGGUUGUCGACCAGAUCUGCAAGCUCGCCAAGAAGGGUGCUACCCCCUCCCAGAUUGGUGUUGUCCUCCGUGACUCCCACGGUGUUGCCCAGGUCAAGCACGUCACCGGUAACAAGAUCCUCCGUAUCUUGAAGUCCAGCGGCCUCGCCCCCGAGCUCCCCGAGGAUCUGUACCACCUCAUCAAGAAGGCUGUUGCCGUCCGCAAGCACCUUGAGCGCAACCGCAAGGACAAGGACUCCAAGUUCCGUCUCAUUCUCAUUGAGUCCCGUAUCCACCGUCUGUCUCGUUACUACAAGUCCGUCGGUGUCCUUCCCCCCACCUGGCGUUACGAGUCCGCUACCGCCUCCACCCUCGUUGCUUAAGUGGUUUUACUCGCUUAGGCUGGGUGUUGGUGUGUUGGCGCGGAUAGGUCUUUCGAAUUGGUUUCUUACCCUGAGAAUGGGUGGGUUUUUAGUCAUCUAGUGUUUGUUUUCCAGGCAUUAGGUGGUGAUGGAUUAUAUCUGUCGUCGACAAGAAAAUAAAAUUUAUGACCAA